UCGUUGUCUAUUUACCGGUCCAAACUGUUCCUUUCUUCUUCUUCUUCAACGUGGUUUCAUGAACUUUCGAUUAGUUCUAGGGAAAUUUCCUCUGUCGUUGCGAUUUACAAACACAGACUAAACCGACAUAUACAUAUACCCUCCAUUUCUCGGUGAUAAUGGAGCUGCUUGAUAUCCGUAACUAUCUGCGGAACUGCAGCAAUAUUAAUCAAGGGAAAAAACUCCAUCUUCUCAUACUCAAAGCUGGUCUUCUUCAUUCUUCUCUCUCCGUGGAUAAUCCUCUUAUCCAAAUGUACACAAGAUGUGGUCAAUUAUCUGACACGGUAAAACUGUUUGAUGAAAUGCCCCACAGAGACUCUUACUCAUGGAACUCUUUGCUCGAAGCUUACCUAAAAUCUGGAACUAAUAAAGAAGACUCACUCCGGUUAUUUUAUUCUAUGCCCGAAAAGAAUGAAUACUCGUGGAAAUUUACUAUAUCGAGUUUUGCGAAACCGGGCAAUCUUCAUACUGCUAGAGAAUUGUUUGAUAAAAUGCCUGUUACAGAUGAGAAACCUUGGAACUCUAUGAUUAAUGGGUAUGCACGAAUUGGACGUAAUGAUGAAGCUAUGAACUUGUUCAAGUCUUUGAAUUACUCCAAUGAUACCGUAUGGAAGAAUAAUACUCAUAUACUAGCAACUGUUUUUAAAAUUUGCGCGGCUUUGACAGCUUUGGAUUUUGGCAAACAAAUUCAUGCUCGCAUGUUUAUCAACAAUUUGGGUUUUGAUGAAGUUUUAAUGAGCUCCCUAGUUAAUAUGUACGCAAAAUGUGGAGAUGUAGAUAGUGCCAAUCAUUUAUUAAAUUCUUUGCAGACACAACCAGAUGACUUCACAUUGUCGGCAUUGAUCACAGGUUACACAAAAUGUGGUAGAUUGAUGGAUGCAAGAAAAGUUUUGGAUCACAGUGGUGGUGGUAAAUGCAAUGCUGUAUUAUGGAACUCUAUUAUUGCUGGAUACGUUGCCAAUAACGAAGGAGUUGAAGCGAUCAAUCUUUUCAGUAGAAUGCGGAAUGAUGGAAUUCGCGAAGACCCCACUACACUUGCCAGUGUUUUGUCGGCUACGACUAGCCUGGGCAUUGCUAUCAUUGGCAAACAAAUUCAUGGACAUGGAUUUAAAGUUGGCUUCAUACAUGAUAUGAUUACUGCCACUGUUCUUAUUGACAUGUACUCCAAAUGUGGAAGUCUAGAUGAUGCUUGCAAAUUCUUUGAAGAACUCCAGAAAUAUGAUUAUGAUACCCUACUGCUAAAUACGAUGAUUAAUUUGUACUCUAAAUGUGGGAGAAUCAAAGAUGCCAGGGAGACCUUUGAUAUGAUGCCAAGUAGAAGCUUGAUAUCGUGGAACUCAAUGAUAGCUGGCUAUAACCAAAAUUGUUGUGUUAUAGAAGCACUGAAUCUCUUUUGUUAUAUGCACAGGUUGGGUUUGCCGAUGGACCAAGUUAGCAUUGCUUGUGUGAUUAGUUCAUGUGCUAGCACCUGUUCUCUCAGCCUAGGCGAGCAAAUUUUCUCUCGAGCUACAGUCAUUGGCUUAGAAUCCGAUCAGUUCAUUUGCACGGCCCUCAUUGAUUUCUACUGUAAAUGCGGUUACAUUGAAGAUGGGCGAAGACUGUUCAACGAGAUGAAAACAACUGAUGAAAUCCCGUGGAACUCAAUGUUGAUGGGUUAUGCAGCGAACGGUUAUGUGAUUGAAGCUUUAAAGCUUUUCGAGGAGAUGAGAAACGAAGGAGUUGCUCCAAAUAACAUUACCUUCGUAGGGGUUUUAUCUGCUUGUGACCAUUGUGGUUUGGUUGAGGAGGGAAAGAAAUGGUUUCAUUUAAUGAAACAAGAAUACAAUAUUGAGCCGGGGAUUGAACAUUUCUCGUGCAUGAUUGACAUGUUUGCUCGUGCAGGUUUUCUCGCAGAAGCCAUGAAUCUCUUUGACCAGACGUCAUUUAAGGCAGAUUCAAGCAUGUUGUUUUCCAUAUUAAAGGGGUGCAGGGCUUAUGGAAAUGAAUCUCUCGGUAUGAAGGUAACAGAACGUAUUUGUGAACUCGAACCCAGAGAAUCAAGCGCUUAUGUGCAGCUAUCUAGCAUACAUGCCACCUGCGGGAAUUGGGAGAGAUCAGCACAAAUAAGAGGGUUAAUGGAAGAGAGGGGAGUUCGAAAAAUUCCUGGUUAUAGUUGGAUCGAUGACUGAAGUGGAAAUUCGAUUCGCGUAAAAAUAUUAAGCAAAUAUUCAGACCAUCUUCAUUAGGGAAUGAUCAAUUGCCUUUGUAGGAUCCUUCCUUUUGUGCUGAAGUUCCCCGACCAAAUCGUAUAUGUCUACUAGCUGAUGAUGAGAUCUAAUUUCUCAGUUUAUCAAACCAUAGAAACUCUUGUUGUCAAAUCCAACUCCUUCAUUAACCUCCUGAGAUGAUAGACAUGAUCCUGAAACCUGCUACUUUGGUGUUCGAUAAGGUUCCUUGCAUGCAUGAGGCAUACACCAGAACAUUGCACCCUGAACACCAAGGUUGAUAAGCUAGCUAACGAGGAACAGCAAAUUCCUUGGUGAACUAAAAAGGAGAGAAUUGAGAAUUGUAUAUUUAUUUGUUUGGUAUGAAUCUUUAUAAUUACAGGUGAGUUGUUUGUCUAUAUGAGCACCUUUUUAGCAUUCUAACAUGCUGCAAUUUCUUACCGUGUUUUACUUCAGUAUUUAGGUAAGGAUAUCCAGGCAGUUUGAGCCAUCUAUUUGUUUAUGACCAAAUGAUAUUUAGUUCUGUUAAAAAUUCGCUUUGGUUUGUACGCAUCUCAUAUUCCACCCAUGUUUAAAGUUGAAGUGGCCCAACUCCCUCUCUCACACGGGAUUUUCCACGACAGUGUCAAGGACUCUAAAGCUGAACAGAGUCGCUCAGACAAAAAGACGUGAAGAUAUUUGAUAUUCCUCCGAACGUGCAAGGAAACAAAUGAAGUGAUGUCUCGCUGUUCAGCAUCAGGUGCUUAAAUAAUUUUUGGGAGAACUUGCUCAUAUGAUGUUUACAGUAAAACACUUUAGAGAUGCUAAUUGGUUGGCAGGGUUAUAUCCUCAUCCUACCUUUGAGAGGUUUGAUCCAGACUCUUUAGGCGAGGAGUUUGACAGGAUUUUGGCGUAAGAUGCAAAUCAGAAGAUUUAUUAUAUGUUGUGGCGUUUUGUAGUGACUGGCUUGUUGCCGGUGUUUUUGUUUUCUUUC